AUGCCUUUACAAUAUCCUUCUUAUUUAUUGAAAUUACAAGAUUCUGCCCUUGUUACUAUUGAUGAGCACUCCUAUAUUAAAGCCCGUAAUCGGUAUUACUGGAUUGCUGGAUUAGGUGAAUCUGAUUCUAUGAUCUUUAAAUGUGUUUUUUAUACUGUUGAUGUCUAUGGCACUCAAAUUGUAUAUUUCUCACAUUGGAUUAUUUCUUCUUCUAAUCGAUGUUUACAAUUAUUUCAUAUGUCUUCAUGUAUAGAUUCUACUUGUAAUAAUAUUAAUUUAUUUCUUUCUCCUUUUUUAUUAUGUUCCUUUUUUAAAAUUUUAUUAGGAUAUUCUUAUGUCCGCAUUCCUGAGUUAUUCCUGAUGGAUUCUUCUUUUCCUUCUUUAUCUAAAAGAAUUUUUUCAUGGUCUAAUGGACCCAUUUCACCACAAGCCUCUGAACUGGGAUUUAUUCUUCGGGUUCUUCGAAUGUUACCUCAAAGGAGUUCUAUCACCUUUUAUUCUUCACGGCCUAUGAUUACCUAUUUUCCACUUUCUGAUGCUCCUCUUUGA